AUGAUCAUCACCACCGCAAUCCCCCAAAUCACCGACGAGUUCCAAUCAAAAGGCCAUGUUGGCUGGUACGGCACCGCAUACUUGCUCACCAACUGCGCCUUUCAGCUGGUUUUUGGCAAACUCUACAAGUUUCUCCCCGUCAAGACCAUCUUCGUGGCAUCGCUUCUGCUCUUUGAAGCUGGCUCGGCCAUUUGCGGCGUAGCCCCAAAUUCCAUUGCUCUCAUUUUUGGAAGGGUCAUUGCUGGUCUAGGAGCCGGCGGCAUUCUCCCUGGCGUUAUGAUGAUCAUUGUCUACGCCAUUCCCCUACACAAGCGCCCCAAGUACCAGGGUUUCUUCGGCGCCUUGUUUGGCGUUGCUUCCGUUCUUGGUCCUACCGUCGGCGGCGCCUUCACAACACAUGUCACCUGGAGAUGGUGCUUUUACAUUAAUCUUCCCAUUGGACUUCCCGUCAUGGCCCUCAUCUUCUUCCUCCUUGAUAUACCCGAUCAGCCCGGCACCGAGUCAUCGCUGGAACAUAGGUUGAAGCAGUGGAACGAUGGGCGCAUUAUUGCCUUGUUCGUCGUUUCCUUUGUCUUGUUGAUCGCCUUUGCCUUGGUCCAGCUCUGGCUGCCGGACCAGGCCAUUCUGCCACCGCGCAUCUUUAUUCAACGAAGCAUUGCUUCUGGCUUCUGGGUGAGCCUGUGUGUCGGUGCACACCAGACCAUAUUUCUUUACUACCUCCCCAUCUGGUUCCAGGCUAUUCUGGGUAAGCCCGCUGUGGAAAGCGGCAUAGACUUGCUCCCGAUGGUGCUGCUGACUGCGGCUGCGGCCAUUCUCAAUGGCCAGCUGGUCUCCGCUAUUGGCUAUUACACGCCAUCCCUUAUAAUUGGUGUCUGCCUUACUGCUAUUGGUGCAGGAUUGCUUACUACUUUUGGGGUUGACAGUUCGCAGGGCAAAUGGAUCGGUUACCAGAUCCUGUAUGGUCUUGGUCUUGGUCUGGCAUCCCAGGCUCCGAAUAUGGCGGCACAGGCAGUGUUAGCCAAGCAAGACGUGGCUAUUGGCGCCUCGCUCAUGUUCUUUGCGCAAACCCUCUUUGGCGCAAUCUUCGUCUCGGUCGGCCAGAACGUACUUGAUAAUCAGCUCACUGAUCGUCUCCGAGACAUUCCCGGGAUGAAUCACGAUCUUAUUAACAAGAGCACUGGAGCCACUAGCAUCCUUGAUAAUAUUGACACCAAGUACCGUGCUUUGGCUUUGGAGGCGUACAACGAUGCAUUGCGCGUGGUCUUUCAGGUAGCUCUCUAUAUGACCUGCCUUGCUCUUCCCGGUGCCUUGGCCUUGGAGUGGCGCUCAGUCAAGAAGAACGGCCCAGCAAAGAAACCCGACACCAACCACGCAGAAAAAGGCCUGAUGAAUAGUAGCGAGCAAAAGGCUUCAGCACCGAGAGUCGAAGAAAGUAUGCAACAAGCCGCAGGUUGUAGUGCUGCUGAUGAGUCGAAGUUUACAGACGGGGACGUAGCAGUCGCGGCAUCCAGGAGCGAAGCCACCCACGUUGCCACCCAGAGCCAGGGAAAAAUUGCGUAG